AAACAUGUGGUGUCAUGUUUAUCUGUGGUACCUUCACUUUCACACUUUCCUCUCUGUUUAAACAGAACAGUGUGUUGAAACCUGAGGGUUUACAGACUUAGUCACACCCAGUAACAGUAGAACUUUCCCCUCACAAAGAAAGUGGAGCUGAUUCUGAGCUCAGUUUUCAGACACACCUCCUGUUUCCACAGUUUAACCUGAUAAUAUUUCAUAAAGGACAUAAUCUCAUACUUUUGUAAUGUUUAAGUCACUGCGAUAACUUUUCUGACCUGCACAUUUUGAGGCCCUGAUAUGGAAACAACAUAAAGCCCUAUAAUGAUGAAUGCUGGUGUUGUGUCCUUGGGCAAGACCAGGGUGAUCAGACGUUAGGGUUAAAGUUACCUUAACCCCUGUCCCAGCAGAUUUAUACAAAACCAAUGAUUUCUCCCAGUUUUGUACAAGGAAUGUCCCAGGUGUCUCUAUUUUGGACCAAUCUGAUCCUGCCACAGUGAAAGAGACAUAAACUAACAUUUGUUUUGGUAAAAUACAGAAAAUCUGUUUAAAAACAAAACACAAAAAAAUGUGACUAUACUGACUCACAUACGAGCCAAGUGCACAACAGUUUUCCUUAAAGGAAACACACUCGUUUCACAAUUUUAUUAUCACCAACCUCCAAAAACCAGGGACAUCCCAGUUUUUAUUUUGAAAAUCUGGACACAUUGGGCAAGACACUUGGCCCUGCUCAUCUCCAGGUCCAGUUAUUGGCUCAGUUUAAAUGAACCAAACAACACAGUGUAAUGUGGAGUUACUAUUUAUGUUUUUUAUUUAUUUACUAUAAACGGUUCGUGCCACAGUCGUCACUCUCAGUGAGAAUGUGUCGUCUGCAAAAGUGAAAAGGAGCAGGGAGCAGAAGAUGACUCUUUCUGCUCCUUUUCAUUCAUUUCUUGUGUGUUUAACAUUAGGACACUGUUAAUACCUUCUUAUACUUUAUGAAAUAAAUAAAUAAAUGAAAGGUUCACUGAGCUCAAACAGACUCAGGUCUAGAGGGACACAGGACCACAGAAUCUGACCCAAAUCACACGCUCUGAAACACCUGGGUAUUUUUCUACUUUGACUUAGGCAGCUUAAAAAAAACAAACAAACAAACAAAAAACAGGCAAAACAGGAUUUUAAAAAUAAUCCAACAAUAUUGUUGUAAUUCAAAGUACAGGAGAGAUUAUCUUCUCCAGAUGCUGAGUCCUGUCUGUCCCUGGUCCUUGUGCACGCGCUGCUCUGGGGUCCGUGAAGUGAAAAACAAAACUGAAACCAAUCACUUAAAACCUAAAAACCUGCACAGGGACGAGGUGGAAAUGUUCUCCAGCGCUACAGCUGUUAAGUCUUUCUCCUGUUAAGGUUCAUGUAGAUUGUGCACUGUCCCUGUCUCAUGAAUCAACUAUAAAUAAAUAACAAUAAAUACUGAAAAUAAAAUGUUUUGAGGACUGGUCUUGACCUCCCCGCACACACAGGGGGCGCACUGCGCGUCUGAGUCUCACCACAGGAUCCUGUGAAGAAGAAAAGUGCCAUGAGCGCGCCAGCCUCAACAGCAGCGACACAAACACCGGACUUUUCUGCGCUUUUCCAUUAAAAUAAGAUUAAAGUAAGAUUAAAACCGCAUGACUUUAGUCCUGUGGCGCCAUGGCUCUCAGCCCCAGCGCUUCGGGCAGUUUGGUGCCGCAGAAAAGACCCGUGUCCAGUUUAUUCGUGGGUCGAGAGGUGAAGAGACCAAAGUGUGGAGGUUCUGUGCAGGAGGCGGCGCUCAGGUUCCUGCUGCAGAACCAGAACGUGGAAGAUCUGCUCACAGAGAGUUCCUCGUCUCUCAGCGGCUCCACAGAACCUCUCGUCCCCUCGACUCUGUCUGCGUCUCUUCUGAUGGGUGAGCUGAAGCGUGAGUCUGAGCGCCGCCGCGUUGCCCUGACGACGGUGACGGUGGGCGUGUUUGUGCAAAGACUGAAGAAGCUAACGAGGCUACGAGCUAACGAGGAGCUGCUGACGUCUCCGGACCGGGCCCAGCUCUGCGGUCUGCUGGAGUCGAGUCGGGAGCUGCUGUCCCAGGGGGCGCUGUGUCCCAAACUGCUCUGGAAGGAGCUCACCAGAGAAGAGAAAUUCCCAAAGUUGGAGGUGGUUUUCCAUCUUCAUUCGUACAACAUCGUCUCUCUGCAGGACAUUUUGGAAAGUCCUGGAGUCAGGUCCUGGUUGGUGUCAGAGUUGAAGACCCUGUGCAGCUGGAGUCCUGGAGAUGACCAUAAGCAGGUCCAAGAGCAAGUCCUGACCUUGGUGCUGCAGGUGUUGGUGGGCUCUGGGUUUGAAGUCAGUGAGGAGGGAACAUCUCUGAACAAAAGACUGUGUGGAGUCUGCAGCUCUGUCCUGGACCAAACGCUCUUCUGGCUUCUGGAGGCGGUCGAGAAAAAUGAGACCUCAUCAUCACCGGCAACGGGGGCACAGACAUGGAUUGAGCUGCUGGACUCGACUCUGUGUGGGACCCUGGUGUCUGCAGAAGCUCUCAGGAGGUUCUUCAAACACUGCCUCACAAAAACACUGACGUAUCAGCCUCGGCUCACAGUGUCUUCUGCCAUCGAGCUGCAGAACCAGUGGACCUUUGCCAAAACCAGCCCCCUCCUCACAAACCUCUUCUGUCAGCUCUCCAUGGUCUUCAGCGUCGAGCAGCUGUUUUCUGACCUGCAGCAGAUUCUGUCCACUCACGAAGUCAACUGGAGACAUGUGCUCAGCUUCCUCUCCACUGUGCUGGUUUACAACUCCUCUGCUCAGAACUCUCUUACAGAGCUGUUGGAUGUUUUGUUGAGAGCUGCUUUUCAGAGUUACGAUCUGGAGAGCGUCAUCACGGCCUUUUUACUGGCACGACAAGGAGCUCUGGAAGGACCUGCGGUGUUCCCCUCCUACAGCGACUGGUUCAAGAGGUGUUUUGGGGCGAGCAGCAGCCCUCACGCCUCCAGUAAAAAAGCUCUGGUGUUUCUGCUGAAGUUCCUGUCUGACCUGGUGCCCUUUGAACCCCCCCAGUAUCUGAAGGUUCACUUGCUCCAUCCUCCAUUUGUUCCACUGAAGCAUCGCAGUCUGCUGCAGGAGUACGUGUCUUUGGCCAAAACCAGGCUCUCUGACCUCAAAGAGUCACUGGAGGACAUGGGUCUGUACGAGGACGUGUCUGCAGCUCCAACUGAACAGUCUCAGCGUCAGGAGGAGCUGGACGUGGAGAAAGCCGUGUCUCUGUUUGAAAGCACAGGGAGGAUCUCAGCCACAGUCAUGGAGGCCAGUAUUUUCAGGCGGCCGUAUUUUCUGACCCGGUUCCUCCCGGUUCUUCUGACUCCAAGAGCGCUUCCUAACAAAGCCGACGUUCGCAUGAAGUUCAUAGAAGCUCUGAAAAAAGCCGAGAAGAUUCCUCCAGCUCAGUUUUCUUCAUAUGUGGAAUCCUGUGAGAAAGAGAAGCACAACGACACAGGUGUUUAA